AUGAAUCUCAGCUCUGAUGAUGUCCAUCAAAUGAUGGACAAAAGCCUAGCUCCUUUUCACCCGAAACGAGGAAGGAUGUCCCGUGGAAUGCGUCAACCUGAACGUCGUAUAAAAGCCAAUGGGCUGCAGUACAACGGGAUUCAUCCAUUUCAAGAACGUAAGCCUCUGGAUCUCGAGUCUCAUCAGAAAUUCACAGAAGCUGAGUUCCGGCUUACACUUUCACACAGAACGCCUCCUCCAGGGUCGAUUUCCAGUGCUUCUGCUUUGACGAAUCCCGAGUUUAUGAAAAAUCUAUUUUCAGGUGGCCUCCAACGAUAA